AGAGCGGAUAUAAAGAGGGAGGAUGACACUCUACAGGUGUUUGCAGACAGAAGGAGCUACAGGUUCGUCCAAGAUGAAGUGGAUUGUUGCUGCGCUCGCUGUGUGCAUCCUGGUGCCCAGAGCACACUGUGCCUCGGAGUCAGUCGCAUGGUGUUACCAUGAUUCCAGCUGCAGUUACACCCAAUGGCCGACUAUUGCUCCGAAGUAUUGCAACGGCAGCCGACAGUCGCCCAUUGACAUCGUCCCAGCAAGUGCCGAAACUGACUCCAAUCUGACUUCAUUCAGCUUUACUAACUUCGGCAGCACCACCCACCUGGACGAGAUCUCAAACACCGGCAAGACAGUAAAAGUCACCCUAAAGAGCGGUGUAAGCAUCUCAGGAGGAGAUCUGCCUGAGUCUUAUGACAGCCUGCAAUUCCACUUGCACUGGGGCAAGGGUUCCUCCGUCCCCGGCUCCGAGCACACUGUGGAUGGCAAGCGCUACCCCAUGGAGUUGCACAUUGUAAACAGCAAGGGGUCCUAUAACGGGAACACAACUCAGGCUGUCGCUGACUCUACAGGGCUUGCUGCUCUUGGUUUCUUUAUCGAGGCAAUGUCAGGAGAUGAGACUGGCAAACCUGAGAGCUGGAAAAAGUUGGCCUCCUACCUGUCCAACAUCUCAAACAGCGGCGACCACAUUUCCAUACCAUCUGGAAUUUCACUGGAUGAUCUCCUUCCCGGCGUGGAUCGCUCCAAGUAUUACCGCUACCUUGGCUCUUUAACCACCCCGAACUGCAAUGAGGCUGUGGUCUGGACUGUGUUCAAGGAACCUGUCAAAGUCUCCAAAGACUUGAUUGACCUCUUCAGUACCACCGUACACAUCGGCAACAGCUCAUCACUUCUCAUGACCAACGUCUACAGAGGCAUCCAGAAAGCUCAAAAGGUGACAACGCAGUCUAGCAGUGCCUCUAAUACCUGCUACUCUCUGGGGCUGAUGGCUCUGAGCCUCAUUCUGGGCAAGGCUUAGACAUGUAAAAGGUUGUGGUGGUGUUGUUGGGACGUCUCAGCUGAUGCUGGUUAACCUGCUUGCAAUGAGGACACACCCCUUCACCACUUUUCCUUUUCCCUCUUAAUCUGGUUUGUCUGACUUUACAUGUUAAUAAUAUGGACAAUGUAUGCACUGAACGACUCCUCAUUGGUGUCCUAAAUUCAGUAUGAAGGAUGCAGUACGCACAAACAAAACUGAGCCUUAACACCACAAGACCUUUGUUGCAUUAAUGUUGUCAAGAAACAAUUAUUUAUCCAGAAAAUGUUGUAUGCAUGAUUGCACCUCUUGCUUGAUCGAUUUGUUAAACAUGAUGUGCACAAGAACUUUCUUUUUAAGCUGCCAAAGCUAUGUACAGGGAUGCACUUGCACUAAAUUUACUGGGUAGAUAUAGUAAUGGAUGUUUAGAAGUCAAGUAUAUAACGAGUAUCUGUCAAAUAAUAUUUUUAUAUUUUUAUACUCUUUAUAUGUGCUAAAUGUAGCCAUGUUGCCAAGCUUAACACUCAAAAAUGAAACCUGUGCCGUCUCGUUCAACCGGUGUGAUGAAGGAUUGACGUGUCACUCAGUCAAAUGAGCACCAUUAUUUACCGCAAUGAUAUGUUUAUGCCUUUUGCCCUACAGCGCAACACUUGCACAUGUAACAGAACUGUGACCUCUUAAUCUAUAUGUGUCUCUAAAUUAAAAUGUUUUGGUGACAAUA